CAAUGAACACCAAAGAUUUUUCAACAUCACUACGCAUCGCCAAAGAUUGGGCAAACUCUGGAAAUGGAGGGCGUCCUGAUCGAAUGAUGGAUGGAAUGUCUGCUAACAUUACUCGAAAACUAAGCAAUAUGUCUCCUAAUGAACUCCAAGAUCUACGCGACAAUAAUAAGCGAAUGCUGAGCAACCCAUCUCUCCUAUCAACAUUGCCCGAUGGUGGUGCUAAACUGAAAGAAACAGUAGAGCGUAUUGAUGCUAUUCUUGGUCCACUUCCUGUGACCGGUAGCAAUUAUACAGAUGGUGGGCUGGAAGAGCAAGAUAAUGUAGAACGAAGAUUGAUGAAUAUUCAUCUUAAUGAACAAAAAAUCAAUGUGAGACAACAGGCUGUUGACAUGGUGAACAGUAAAGCAGCUGCAAUGAGUGAUUCAACUCCAGGAAAUAUGCUGAGAAAAGGAAGCAUCAAUUCAGCUUCUACUAAUGAGAGCCUUGUUGAUAAGAAUGGUCACCACGCAAAAGUCCAAUUGAUGAGUCUAGAAGAAGCCAUGGAAUUGGAGGCCUCACAACAGAGUCAGGCAAGAGAAGCAUACAUGAUGAGAAGUAUGCAGCCAUCACAGAAAGCCUACCCUUCGGCUGGAGCAAGCUUAGCGGAUGACUUGAGCGUCACUAUGGAAAGUAUGAAGCUUGAUCCCGAAACGAGGCCAGGACGACCUCAGGAUGAUGACCCUUCAGAAGACGAGAGUGAGGAUGAUUCUGAAAUGGGAAGUCGCCAUUCAUCUGAUGGUGCUUAUAAUGAAGCAAGCGAUGAUGAAGAUGAUGAAAAUGAUGACGACGGCGACGACGACGAUUUUGAUGAAUUAUAAAGAGCUUUUAUUUUAAUUAUGUGUUUUUAGUAUGUU